AACUUAUAUUACAUUGUUUUUUAGGCAAUACAAUUGUCAACAAUAACAAUGCACCUCACAUAAAAACCUCAUAGAAAAAUAAAUACUACAAUUAUGGAUUUUAAUUUAAAUGGUUCAUCAGAAGAAAACAUUGACGAAUCAAAUGAAAUUUCUUGGAGAGAAAAAUAUGAAUUAUGUCAACAGCAGUUAAAGCAGUUUAAAGAAAAAGUUUCACAUGUUCGUUUCUUGUACAGUGAAAAGAUUUCUUCUUAUGAACAGAGAGUUGUUUCUGCAGAAAAAAAAUAUGAUGAUGCUUUAAAAAAGAUUGAAAAAUUGAAAUUAGUUUGCUUGGAUAAAGAUGAAGCUAUUAGCGCACUGAGGGAAAAGAUAAUCAGAAUGCGACAUGAGAAUGAUUCAUUAAUACUUCUUGAUGAGGAAAAGAUGCAAAAGAUAAAAGAAUGGGUUCGGGAAAACUUUAAAGAGUUAAUUCGAGAGAAAGAUCAAUUAAAGAAAGAGCGAGAUGAGUUACGUAUCAUGUGUGAUAAAGCUUGCGCAAAUGAAUGUGUUAGUCCAGCAAGAUUAAAUUCAUCUCACCUAUAUGAAGAAAUAUUCGGAGAACUUUUAAAAGAUUUAAAAUCAGAAAAAUAUUUGUAUGAACCAUUAGAAAUCUCCACAUCACAAUCUAAUUGCGAACCUCCACCUGUACCUACUAGAUGUGCAUCAAUAAGAGCCUCCACCAAACCUAUAAAAGAACCAAAGCCAUUUUUGUUACCUACUUUGAAGCAUGAGAAGAGUUUUGCAACUUCAAGUGAAAGUCUUGAUGAGAAAUUAUUACAGCUAACUGAAGACAAGCAGAUAGCGACAGAUCAAAUAGGCACUACUUCUCCUCAUUACUUUGUGCUUGAUGAAUCAGAAAAUGACUACAAUUUUUUUCAGGACUGUCAUGCACCUGUUUACACAACAUUAAAUAAGGAUGGAUCUUUAGAAAAAAAGCCAUUUUUAUUGUGCGAAAGAUUACUUACUAGUGAUACAUCAGACACAGAAUCUGAUGGUGACUCAUUAGAAACUCGUAAUGAAACAAAUAUAACCAAGCUCCCAACAUGUGCAAGCUUUACAACACAAAAUAUGAAACAGGAAAAACUUGAGAAAGUUGGCUGGUUAUAUAAACAGGGUGGUAUAAUAAAAAAUUGGAAAAAAAGAUGGUUUGUGCUCAAUGAAGGAAAAUUAAAUUACUUUAAACGACAGGAAGCUAUGAAUCGCAAACCAAAUGGACAAAUAGAUUUAGAAAUGGUUUCAAAAAUCUCAAAGUCAGGUGAUCUACUUUCAAUUGAGCUUACAACACCACUUAGAACAUAUCAUAUUGCAGCAGAUACAUUGAGUGAAGCUGACAGCUGGCUUGAUGUACUGUCUAAAAGUUUGCGUCGUUUUAAUGGUACAGUUCCAAUACCUGCUGAAUGUCCUUUGUAUUCCGGUUGGGUUGUUCAGACAAGAUGUGGGUUGUCAAAAAAAUGCUGGGCAGUAAUAAAAGAUAAAGCUUUGAUAUUUUAUAACUCAGAUAAACUUCAGAUAGUUGUUUACCAAAUAAAAAUUUGUGAAAUAGUAUGCGUGAAACCUGUUGUAGAGGAGAAGUUUUGUGAUGUUGAAGAAGAUUUUAGAUUUGUUAUUCAAUGUCUGAAAGAUUCUCAUCCCACUUAUAUUGAAGUUAGCAAUAAAGUAGAAAUGGACAAUUGGAUUCAUCACCUUUCUGGAACUCAUAUAAAAAAUGAAACUCCAUUUGAAGAGCUGGUUACAAAGCUAAUGAAUGUUGAUGGGGAUACUAAUAGUCCACAUUGGCGAAACAAUCUAAUGGUGCACUCAAAAAAUGUACUAGAAAGUAGUCUUACAGCUUUAUCAACUCCAGAUCUUGAAAAAGAAGCAAUUAACUUGUCAAAGAGUAUUCAUCUUUAUACAAAAACUCCCAUCAACGAGGUUGCUAUUGAUUACCAUAUUGCUCUUUCUCAAGAAAUUAUUCAGCUAUGCUUAACAUAUCCUGAACUUCAAACAGAGUUUUAUUGUCAGCUGAUUAAACAAACUACAAAAUAUCGCUCAGAAUCUCCUGCUGCUUAUAGUGGUAACUACUUAAAGUCAAAUGAUUGGUUAACAAGUGAUUCUUCAAUGAAUACUAUAGAUUUGAAACCGAUUUCUUCAUUUGUUUAUUUGCAAUGUUGGCAACUGAUUGCUAUUGGUAGCAGCAUUUUUUUACCAAAACUCAAGGUGUUAUGGCUUCUUAAGGCUCACAUAGCUAGGAAUGCAAAUGAAAGUUCAGGAAAUGGACGGUAUGCCAUAUAUUGCCAACGAAGUUUAGAACGGACGCUCCAAAAUGGUGAUCGUGAAUGCAAACCUUCUCGUGUUGAGGUGUCAUCUCUCAUUGCUAGUAAUCCUUUUUACCGCCUAUAUCCUAUAAGCGUACCAAUAUACUUUUUGAACAACACAUAUCAGGUGUUUACUUUAGAUGGUUCAACUACUGUUAAUGAGUUAUGUAAAAGAAUUAAUGACGAAAUCGGUAUGCGACCUAAUAAUGAAAGUGGAUAUGCAUUGUACACUGACAAUCCAGUAACUAAAGUGCAACACUAUCUGCAGGGUAAUGUUAAGGUUUGUGAUGCAAUAUCAAAAUGGGAGAAUGUAGCUCAACAAUUUAAUGUUGACAAACUAAAGAGAUCAGGUGGAAUUAAAUUUAUAUACAGAAACAGAUUGUUUUUUCUGAGUAAGAUUAACCUUCUUACUGAAAAAGAAAAGCUUCUUCAUGUUUUUGAGGUAGCACAAUAUAUCAGGUGUGGUUAUUUGGUACCAACAGCAAACAACUUAGCUAAACUCACAGCUCUAUAUUCUCAGAUUGAAUGUGGAGAUUAUGUUGAACAUUUUAAAAUGAUAGAAGAACUGAUGAUCAACUACCCUGAUUUUAAUAAGAUUCUUAAUGCAUCAAUGAAAAAAAAAAUAAUACAAAAUGUGGCAGAUAUUUGGUCCACUUUGAAAGGAAAAACAUCUCUUGAAUGCUGCGAAAUGUAUAUGAAUGUUGUUAAAUCAAUACCUUUAUAUGGAAGCAAGCUUUUCAUGGCAAAGGAGAAGCUACUUCAAUCUACUUCUAAUAACAAUUCAGUAGAUGUUUGGAUUGCACUAUAUGAAAUGCAAAUUCAAAUACUUUCCAAGAAUAAGGAGAUUAUAAACAGUUACGAUUGGUCACAAGUGGUUACUUUUGGUGGUUAUAAACAAGAUUUUAUGCUUGUUGUACAACAGCAAGAAAAACCUGAAACAGUAAAGCGUUUAUUUGCCAUGCCUCCACAUCAGGUUUUGGAUUUGACUUAUUUGGUUGCUGACUACAUAAACGCUUUAGUGACCAAAAAUGAUAUUAAUAAGGAAACGAACUAUGGAAAAAGCACUACAAACUCAGUAAACAGCGAUUACUGUCAAGUAUGGGAUAUAUGAAGUUAAUUAUGCACAUUUUAAUUAUGCACAUAGUCGGUUUUUUUAAUGCAGCAAUAAUUUUUAAUGACGAUUUUUUAAUUUUUCUUUUUUUUUUUCUAUUUAUUUUUUAUUUUAUUUUUUUUAUUUGUGGAAACUUUAACUGAUUAUUUUUAAAUGUUUUAUAAAUUUUUAAAUAUUUUAUAUUUUUAGAAAGAGAAAAAAAAAUUGUAUAGAUUAUAUGUUCAGUGACUGGAAUGCAUAUAUAUAAAUAUGCAUAAGAAAUCGAUUAAUAAUUAAUGAAUUUAAUUAAAUAAAUGAAGUUUACCGCUGA